UUAAGAACAGUUCCAACGAAAAUGUACAACGGCAGACAGCUACGAACAAAGCACACGAAAUGGGUGACGUUGACGACGAUGGCGAUCGUCGUCUUCGUCGUUGAUGCAACUAUUGUCGUAAAUCCUGAAAUAGAAGAAGCAGUGGCUUACGGUAGUGAGAUCGAUCAACCGGUAUAUAGAAAUGAUCUGCAGAAACGAGUCAUUUACGAAGGGGAUCAAGUGUGGAGGAUCUACAAGCAUAACGAUUCCGUGAACGAAUUGGUACAGCAUUACGACGAAUACGGUUCAUAUUCGAUAUGGUCGAACGAACCGUCGACUGCCGAUAUCUUCAUAAGAAGUUAUAUGCUUGAUAACGUCGAAUCGAUUCUGAAAGAUUGCGGGAUUAACUAUCAAGUUUUGAUUGAUGAUGUGCAAGAGGCGAUUGAAGAAGAGAAUACUCCUCUUUCAAUGGAAAUGCAAGAAGAGCUUGAAGGACGCAAAGCUCGUUACGUUUGGUGGUGGCAGGGAGUCAGAAGUAGGUAUCCACGUCCUCGUCCUCUUCGUUAUCCCGCUAGUGUACAUGGUGUAGGUGGUCCUUGGCGUUUUAGGGGUCAUCGAAUGGAGUGGACUAGUUAUCAUCGCCUCGAUGACAUUCACGGCUACUUGAAUUAUCUUGCGGAAACUUAUCCCGAUGUAUGCUCCAUUCAGACCAUCGGUAAUUCCAUCGAGGGUCGGCCUCUCAAGGUUCUAAGAAUCAGUAACGGUAAGACGAACGCACCUGCGAUAUGGAUCGACGGCGGUAUUCAUGCCAGGGAAUGGAUUUCACCGGCAGCUGUGACUUAUAUCAUUGACUUUUUGGUUGAAAACAGCGAAAGCUUGGAAACGGACUAUUACAUCCUGCCGGUCGUGAAUCCAGACGGAUACGAGCAUACGUUUAUUUCCGAUCGUUUAUGGAGGAAGAACAGAAGGAAAGGCGUCAAUUGCGCGGGCAUAGAUUUGAACAGAAACUUUGGCUAUCGCUGGGGUGGAAAGGGAACUAGCAGAAAUAUGUGUCACGACACGUACCCAGGCAACAAACCGUUUUCCGAGCCAGAAACUGACGCCAUUCGCAAUUUCUUCGAGAACAGUUUAGCAGAUUUCAAAGCGUAUUUGUCUUUUCAUUCGUACGGACAGUACAUACUCUACCCCUGGGGAUAUGACCAGCGUCUGCCACCUGAUUACCGCGAUCUUGACUCAGUAGGGCGACAAGCAGCUGAAGCCAUGAAGAAGGCAGCAGGUGAUAAUACAGUGUACACUGUCGGGAAUAGCGCUAUAACGUUGUAUCCUGCCGCUGGCGGUUCUGACGACUGGGCCAAGGCUUUGCUCAAGAUCAAGUACGCAUUCACGAUCGAACUGCGAGACACUGGCAGAUACGGCUUCAUACUUCCAGCUCGUUACAUUAUUCCGACGGCCAAGGAAGCGCUUGCCGCAAUACAAACAAUCACAGAAGUUGUUAAGAAGUCGUAAUUGGAUUGCCGACUGUGCGUGUAAAACUGAUUGAAAAAUUUUGCAUAGGUCUUUUAGCCAGUUGAUUUAUACUUCUGUAUUUUAUAUACUGUAUGAAAACCUGAAAAAAUCCUUAACUUUCAACAUUCGCCGUUACUAAGCGUACAUUAUCUUUAUAUUAUCAAUGUGUGAUUUGACCAUGUCGACUAUGCUAUAUAAAGAAAAAACUCUAUUUAUCUAUUUGGUAAGAUUUUGUAUAGGAUUUGUAUAUUAUGCAGAAUUGCUUUUCUUUGCGAUACUUUAUAAAUAUAUC